UUUUCAAAAUUAGAAGAUUUCUUCUUUAGCAUUUGUAAAAUUAAAAAUGAUAAAGAUGACGAUAUUACUGUUUGGCAAAUUUGAGACUAACCUUUUUUUAAGCUCGUUAUUUGGAACCAAUACUACUUUUGAAAUGGCAAGUAUGGUGAAUAUCUGAAAUUUCAACGGUGAAUUGGGGUGGAAAGGACAGAGUUGUUUUCGAUGCAUCGGCUUGAAACAUCGUUUACAAUAGUCUAUUGAAGUCCAUCACCACUAAAAUUAAAAUGGCUGGCCACAUGAAUUUUCGUUGUUAUUGCAAAGAGCCGCAGUUUUGUUAAGAUAAAAUAGUUAAAAAGCGCUGCUACUGCUAUGUUUGUCCUUUAACGAAAACGUGUAACUUAAAGCUACAUGGCUCCAUCAGCGUGUGUGCUGUGCUUGGUGUGUACCGGCCAUCGGCACAUUGGCGUCUUCUCUGAGGAGGGAAAAAAGUUGCACAUCUGCGAAACAAUAAACAAACACUUUUGGCUGGAGCUGAGUGGAUCAGAAAGCAGCACUGAGACAGUAUGCAAGGAGUGCUGGCAGAGUGUUAGUAGUUUUAACGAAUUUUAUCAACGCGUCUAUAAUGUGCACGAACAUCGCAGGCGGGGUGAGGCGAAAAGCGUGCCUAUUGAAUUCUUUGGCGAGACUCUCAAUCCACUUGCUCAGGCAAAUGACAUAGAUGCACUUGCGGAAGGUUUCUUUGCCACAAAUGAAGUAAAGGUGGAGGUAAAUGAAUUGGACCUACUGCCCAAAGUGGAGGUGUUUGAGGACCCAGUGGAUACCGGGACGCUCGCAGGCUCGAAGCGCGGGAGUAUUGCUCAGGAUGGCGCAAUGGGUGCUAAGAAGCGCAUUAAGAGCGAGAGAACACCAGUGGACAGUGACUCUGAUGGUGAUGUACCGCUCGCGGAGUUCCUGAGCACCGACAUCAGAACGGAGUCAAAUGAUUCAGCGCCACCGGCAGACAUCAAACACAUAAAACAAAGAAAGAAAAAGGUCUUGGAAGUGCCGCGGCGUUCUUUGAGGACACGCACAGUAAAAACUACAAAAGAGCCCACUCCGCCAACAGAACUAAAGAAAGAAUAUGAGUCUGACGAUGAUGAUGAUGAUAAUGAUGCUGAGUUUGUGGCAGCAGAAGCCGUGCUCGGCACCGACGAUAGCGCUAGCUCUAGCAGUAGCAGCGGGGGCGAAACAGACGAUAGUCUACCAGAUGCCGAGCCCGAAGAACGCUACGCAGAAAUUCCCAAGCGUGUUGUAGUUAAACCGAAAAAAUACCGCAAGCGGCCCAAACCGCUGGUCCCGCCAGUAAGGAUGAGUCGAGAGGAGAUCGAGCGACGCAAAAAUCAGCAAAAUGAAUACGAUGAUAUUAUUUUGAAGUUCUUUAAGAAGAUACCGUGUCAUGUUUGCAAUCUUCUUGUGCAAAACUUUGGUGACAUGCGUAAACACCUCCGCAUGUCGCAUAACCUAGAGGGGUACAUGCUCUGUUGUGGCCGGAAAUUCUAUAUACGCAAAGCCCUCGCUGAACAUGUCAUGGUGCACGGGAAUCCCGAGCAGUUCAAGUGCACAAAAUGUGGGCGCAUUUUUCAGGACUCGCGCACUCUUGAAAUACAUGAACAAACGCAUACAAAUCCCCAAACAGAGACAAAGGAGAAACGUGUUUUCCAGUGCGAAAAGUGUCCGAAGACGUUUUCUACGAAGGCGGCUAUUGAGUACCAUAUAGUGUCAAAGCAUGUGCCUAAGUCCGAUUUUAAGUUCACAUGCCCCGAGUGCAAUAAAAAAGUUCCAACGGAGCGCAAGCUGAAAGAGCACCUUAAGUACAUGCACGACCCAGAGACCGCAAUUAUCUGUGAUAAGUGCGGCAAGACAGUGCGUUCACAGGCAAAUCUUAAGAAACAUCAUGAGCUGGAACACUCGGAUGGGCCACGACCGAAACCAGAUCCGGUGCAAUGUGAAAUCUGUGGCACGUGGCUGCGGCACAUAAACGGCCUUAAGCAGCACAUGAAGACCAUACAUGAGCCACCGGGUGGCGAACAUCGAUGUCCCAUCUGUAACAAGACCUCAACAAAUUCGCGCGCUCUCAAACGGCAUAUUUAUCACAAUCAUGAAUGCGAGCGUAAAUUCAAAUGCACAAUGUGCGAGAAGGCCUUCAAACGGCCCCAGGAUCUAAGAGAGCACACAUCCACCCACACGGGUGAAGUACUUUACACCUGUCCUAAUUGUCCGAUGACCUUCUUCUCCAAUGCCAACAUGUACAAACAUCGGCAGCGCCUGCAUCGCGCCGAGUGGGAGGCGGAUCGAAAAAAGCCACUCCCCCCGAACAUCAUGCAACAGGCGGUGGGUGCCACAACUGCUCUGAAGAAACGGCAGGCGUCCGAUGUUAAUGCAACAGCUCUCUUCGGCCAACCGCCGCAGCAUCUAUAGCAUAAAUUAGAGCCGCAUUUAAAAUAGUAUUUUAAAUUUAAGUAUAACGUAGAUAAAUCAGCACAUUUACUAAACUCACUACACACUUACAUACAUACAUUAAUAUAAAACGAACUUAUUUACAAA